AAUUCCUAAGUGGUGUGCCGGGAUAUUCUGCGGCGGGAAAGCGCGUCUGUCGUUACCCUGACGAAAUAGAUCCCCCGGCCGUACGAGCUCUCGGCGGCACUUUUUAAGGGAAAAACUUUACGGGUCCUCGGUGGCGUUGGAGACUUCCGCGGAGCAAAGGACCUUGGGGUUUGUUCCUUUUGGCGCGUCGUAACACUUGUUCGUAAAAAAUAAAUUAAUGGCAGUCCGUGUGCUUGUGAUUGGCAGUGGGGGAAGGGAACAUACACUGGCUUGGAAACUUGCUCAGUCUCAAAAUGUCAGACAUGUGAUAGUUGCCCCAGGAAAUGCAGGAACAGCCAACAAUGAGAAAAUUUCAAAUUCAGGUAAAGCUGUGUCAGUCACUGAUUAUACUUUGCUUGCUCAGUUCUGCAAAGAUCAGAAGAUUGAACUUGUAGUUGUUGGACCAGAGGCUCCUCUUGCUGCUGGAAUUGUUGAGAACCUGACAUCUGCAGGAGUGAAAUGUUUUGGACCCACAGCAGAGGCAGCUCAGUUAGAGUCCAGCAAAAAAUUUGCCAAAGAGUUUAUGGACCGACAUGAAAUCCCUACUGCAAAGUGGAAGGCUUUCACCACACCUGAAGAAGCCUGCAACUUCGUCAUGAGUGCAGACUUUCCUGCUCUAGUUAUAAAGGCCAGUGGUCUGGCUGCUGGAAAAGGUGUGAUUGUGGCUAGUAACAAAGAAGAGGCUUGCAAAGCAAUUCAAGAGAUAAUGCAGGAUAAAGCUUUUGGAGCUGCUGGUGAUACUGUUGUAAUUGAAGAAGUUCUUGAAGGAGAAGAGGUGUCUUGUUUGUGCUUCACUGAUGGUAAGACUGUGGCGCUUAUGCCGCCAGCCCAGGACCAUAAGCGAUUAUUGGAUGGAGACCAUGGCCCCAAUACGGGAGGAAUGGGAGCUUAUUGUCCAACACCACAGGUUCCUAUGGAUCUGUUAUUGAAAAUUAAAAAUACCAUUCUUCAGAGAACAGUAGAUGGCAUGCGGCAAGAAGGCAUUCCAUAUAUAGGAAUAUUGUAUGCUGGUAUAAUGCUUACCAAGAAUGGCCCAAAAGUUCUGGAGUUUAAUUGCAGAUUUGGGGAUCCAGAAUGUCAGGUAAUUCUUCCACUUCUUAAAAGUGAUUUUUAUGAAGUAAUCCAAUCAAUUUUAGAUGGUCAGCUUUCUAAUUCUCUGCCAGUAUGGCUUGAAGAUAGCACUGCUGUAACUGUUGUCAUGGCAAGUAAAGGCUAUCCAGCAAACUACAUCAAAGGCAUAGAGAUAACAGGAAUUCCUGAGGCUAAAGCUUUAGGCCUCGAGGUGUUUCAAGCAGGCACAGCUCUGAAAGAGGAUAAAAUAGUAACGAAUGGUGGUAGAGUUCUUACAGUAACAGCCAUCCAGAGAGAUCUGAUGUCUGCUCUUGAAGAAGCCAACAAAGGAAUAGCUAUUAUAAAAUUUGAAGGAGCCAUUUAUAGAAAGGACAUUGGCUAUAGAGCUAUCUCUUUCCUGAAACGGCCCAGAGGCCUGACUUACAAGGAAAGUGGGGUGGAUAUUGCAGCUGGCAAUGAACUAGUUAAGAAAAUUAAGCCUUUGGCUAAAGCUACCUCCAGACCAGGAUGUAAUGUAGAUCUUGGAGGAUUUGCUGGCCUCUUCGACUUGAAAGCAGCUGGUUAUAAAGAUCCCCUUCUGGCUUCUGGAACAGAUGGAGUUGGAACCAAAUUAAAAAUUGCACAGCAAUGCAAUAAGCAUGAUACUAUUGGUCAAGAUUUGGUGGCAAUGUGUGUCAAUGAUAUUUUGGCUCAAGGAGCAGAGCCUCUCUUCUUCCUAGAUUAUUUUUCCUGUGGGAAACUUGAUAUUCACACAGCUGAAACUAUCAUUGCUGGUAUAGCCAAAGCAUGUGAGGAAGCAGGAUGUGCUCUUUUGGGAGGUGAGACAGCUGAAAUGCCAGGUAUAUAUCCACCAGGAGAAUAUGACCUUGCAGGUUUUGCUGUUGGUGCCAUGGAGCGGGAUCAAAAGCUCCCUCAACUGGACAGGAUCACUGAGGGGGAUGUUAUCAUUGGAAUAGCCUCUUCUGGAGUUCAUAGUAAUGGAUUCAGCCUUGUAAGGAAGAUUGUAGAAAAUUCUUCUGUCCAGCUCUCCUCUUUAGUGCCUGAUGGAUGUGGUAAUCAAACUCUAGGAGAAUUGUUGUUAAAUCCAACCAAAAUUUACAGCCGAACAUUGUUGCCUAUUCUUCGAUCGGGGCAUGUUAAGGCCUUUGCUCAUAUUACUGGAGGAGGACUACUAGAAAACAUCCCAAGAGUUCUUCCAGAGAAACUAGGGGUGGAUUUGGAUGCUCGAUGCUGGAAGAUCCCUAGAAUAUUCUCAUGGCUUCAGCAUGAGGGACACCUGUCAGAAGAGGAAAUGGCUAAGACAUUCAAUUGUGGAAUUGGAGCUGUGAUGGUGGUACAGAAAGAUCUGGCUGAGCAGGUUCUGAAGGAUAUACACCAACAUAAGGAGGAGGCCUGGAUAAUCGGGAACGUAGUUACUUGUCCUACAGGGUGUUCCCCAGUGAAAGUCAAACAUCUAAUUCAAACAAUGCAAAUAAAUGGAUCAUUCUCAUUAGUGAAUGAUUCUUUAAAGGAUUGCUUUGGUGUCCAACCAAAGAGAGCACGAGUGGCUGUUUUAAUAUCUGGAACAGGCACAAAUCUCCAGUCUCUAAUAGAUAGUACUAAGGAACCAACUAGCUUUGCCCAAAUUGUUAUUGUUAUCUCUAAUAAAGAUGGAGUGGCUGGGCUAGAGAAAGCAGAAAAAGCUGGUAUCCCUACUAAGGUAAUUAAUCAUAAAUUAUAUAAAAGUCGCACAGAAUUUGACAGUGAAAUUGACAAAGUCCUUGAAGAGUUCUCCAUUGACCUAAUCUGUCUUGCAGGAUUCAUGAGAAUUUUGUCUCAUCCUUUUGUCCAAAAGUGGAAUGGUAAAAUACUCAACAUCCACCCAUCAUUGCUCCCUUCCUUUAAGGGUUCAAAUGCCCAUGAGCAGGUUCUUAAAUCUGGAGUCAGAAUCACUGGUUGUACAGUGCAUUUUGUGGCCGAAGAAGUGGAUGCUGGUCAGAUUAUUGCUCAAGAAGCUGUCCCAGUAUUGAGAGGUGACACUAUUGGAACUUUAUCAGAAAGAGUAAAAAUAGCAGAGCAUAAAAUAUUUCCUGCUGCUUUACAGCUGGUGGCCAAUGGUACAGUAAAACUUGGAGGAAAUGGAAAGAUUUGUUGGACUAAAGAAGAAUAAGUCAACACAAAUUUGGGGUGAAAGAAUCUGAAUUCAUCUGUUAAGUGUAGUCAUUUGUAAUUUCUAUCAUGUAUACAAAACUACUUUUCUAGAAAAUUAAAUUUAAAACCUGCAUCCAGAUUUUAGCAUGCUGGGAAAGAAUAAUGAAAUUUCAUUUUUUAAGCAAUUGUACCAGUAAACAGGACUCACUCCCUCUUAAGACUUUCAGCAGGAGCUUACAUUAAGUUCCACUGCUAAAAAAAUAUUUUAGUAGACUUUGGAGAUUAGAGAGAUUAUAAAGUUUUUGUUUUGUUUUUAAUUAAAAUCCUUAACUUCUGUCUUAGUAUCCCCUCUGACUUUCACCCCAGUUCAGAGAAUCCCUAUAAUUCCUCCAUCUUAGAUUCCCCUCUAACUCUUGUGGCUCAUUUCAGAGACUCUAACCCUGUUAAUCUCUCUCAUCUCAGAUCAGUUUCCCCCUGGGGAUACUUGAGUUACACUCCAAUCUCAAACCUAUUAGCUGUGUGAUCUUAAACACAUUAUCUCUGUUUGCCUCAAUUUCCUUAUCUGUAAAGAGGAAAAUAAUACCCAAUAUUGCUGUGUGAGGAUCAAAUGAUAUGAUUGGGAAGUGCUUGACACUAUGAUAAGCACUAUAAAUAUGGUAAGCACUAUAAAUAUGGUAAGCACUAUAUAAAUGUUGAGUAUUAUUAUUAAAUUGAAUAUAAUAGCAUAGUUUUUUAUUUGUGACUAGUAUAAAGUACCAAAAGUAAUAAGAUUAAUUAUUUCUGUGUGGAAUAAUUUGGAAAUACAUUUACCUGAAUUGAUGUCCUCUGACUGUCAAAAAGUUUUUAUUUCAUGUUUUAAAUAUAUGGUAUUAUAUAUGUUAUUGUAUUUCUAAAUUCUUUGUUUCCUCAGUCAAUUCAUCUUUACCUGCAAUGAGGGGGAGAAUUUGACAUUUUAAAAAAUUAAUAAUUGUAAUUAAAUGUUUGGCAUUUAAUUGGAAAAUAUUUAAUGAGUUUUUUUUAAUAAAGGAAUAACAAAAAUAA